AUGCUCUUCUCCUCACUCUGCCUCGCUUCCCUGGCGGUCGUCACCGCCACGCCCGCUCGUCUCGUCUCCAUGCGCCUCGGCACACGUGGAUACCUCCCCCAGGAUGGAGGUUGCCGCCCGGGCGACACACUUUGCGACCCUGUCCUAGCUGACGGCACCGGCGGAUGGUGCGCCAACCUCAAGAACGACCCGAGCAACUGCGGCGCGUGCGGCGAAAUGUGCGGCGCCUCCUUUGGCCGCUGUACCAAUGGCUAUUGCCCGGCCAACGACCCAAACGCCUGUCAGAAAGGCUGGACUGGAUGUGAGGGUGGGCCCGGCGGGUAUUUCCCCUUCACUUGCACAGACUUGCAGAACGACGUGACAAACUGCGGUAACUGCUUUAUCCGCUGCCGCGACCACCAGACCUGCAAGGGCGGCGAGUGUGUCGACGACGCGAACGCACCGCCUAUCCCCCCUUUGCUAGACCAAUCGUGCCAGAAGGGUUUCCUUUGGUGCGAUGGCAGCUGUCGGAACAUCCAGAACGACAACGAGAACUGCGGCCGGUGCCGCGUCAUGUGCGCAGAUGGCCAGAACUGUGUCGAUGGCACCUGCACGCCCAAAACGACGUGUCCCCAGGACUACUGUGGCGGUGUCGGAUGCGUCAACAAGCAGAACGACAACCGGCACUGCGGCAAGUGUAAUAACAAGUGCGAGCCUGGCAAGAACUGCUGGAACGGCGUGUGCUCGUAA